GUCAAACAUAAAAGCUAAAAAAAAUUGGCCCUAAGUCCAAAGACCUCUUUCCUCUAUCUGCAGCAGAAAUUGGGCUGAUAAUUAUUGUGUCCGAGCUUGUUUAUUUCGUUUUGCAGUUCUUCUCUCUGUGGUUAAAAAUAUUCCGAUACAGCUGUAUCAGUCUUUAUAUCCUUUACAUCGUUUGAGAUGAACCCAUGAGUCUGAUUUAUGUCGUAUCGGGACUGAAAAAGCAGGGCUCGUCCGGGAUUUGAACCCGGGACCUCUCGCACCCAAAGCGAGAAUCAUACCCCUAGACCAACGAGCCACGAUACAACUAUGAGAACAUUUUACAAGAUAUAGAUUGCUAUACUUAUAAUACAUAUUAAGCCUGCUUGGAUACCACAUAUGGCACGGAUUGGAUACCACAAAUGGCACUAUUAAACAACAUCCGCAGAUGUCACGGGGAACGCAUAGUUAACGUCAUUUGGAUUUAGCAAACGUUAAAGAAAAAAGAAGGGCUCGUCCGGGAUUUGAACCCGGGACCUCUCGCACCCGAAGCGAGAAUCAUACCCCUAGACCAACGAGCCACGUGCACUGGCAGAGACCAUGUAGCUAAGUGGAUGCCGGUUAGAAGCCAAUUACUCGAGAUGGAUGCCUUUUUGGGAUCUCUGCAAGACCAUGACGUGAGCUCAGUCCUGACGUCCUGUGAGCCCGAGCUGCAGGAGCUGAUGAGACAGAUAGACAUCAUGGUGAACCAUAAGAGGACAGAGUGGGAGGCAGAGAUCCAUGCCAUGGAGUUGCGUCUGCACAGCGGAGAAGAGGAGCUCCUUUCAGCCAGAAACCUCAUAGACCAAAAGAACUCAGAGAUGUACAAAGUGACAGUGGCUAUAGUUUCACUGUUAGACCUGCAGAACACUGGCUGUCGGAUGUUGAAAGUGGUAGUGGAGAAAGAGCUGAUGCAGGUGGGGUUGCUCCGCAAGCAGCUCAAUGAGGUCCAGACAGGGAAGCAAGAGCUGGUCAUUAAAUAUGAGGAACAACUGCAGCGUGUCAAAGACGAGUUGUCUAAGCUGAAGCACAGCUACCAGAAGCUUCAGAGUAAACAGCUGAAGGAGUCUCGUGAAGGAGCCAAGAGCCGCGAGGAGGACCGGACAGAGGUGACCCGCCUCAAUGGAAAGAUAGAGGUACGGUGGGGUUCUUCUCUCAGGAGCUAUGGACCAGUGUUACCGGUGGACGUACAGAUGUAGCUCCUGGACUACAGU